CAAAAACAAAUUAUUGAAAUGGAAGCUGUUGUUAGAGAGAUUCCAGGAUAACUUAGAAAUUGGAACAUCAAAACGACAUUGUAUUGUAACUACUUCACAAUGUGUAUUUGAUUUUAAGGUUAAUGGUGAAAGAACAAUAAAAGCUCCAGACGUUGUUACGUUUACUAAUAAUAAAACAUAUGAUUAUAACAACGUCGAACCUAAAAAGGUCAACCCUUCUCUCUUGUUUUCGUUGUGGAUAUUACAAAAAGUCGGAUUUCGAUGUAUUAGAUUACAAAAUUCAAAAAUGGUUAUUUUGCACCAGAAUCGUACAACUUGGCUGGUUGACUGA